AUGAAAUUGAAAAGUAGUCGUCCCACAAUCGCACUUUCCACGAGUUUCUUCAAUAACGAAAUCAUUCACGACGGAUUAUGGACGUCCCAAACUAACGUGACAAAUUUGGUGAGCUCAUCAUGCCUCAAGACUACUCUGGUCAAUCCAGUUUGCAAAUUAAAUUUUCCACCAAACUUUACUGAUCUGCAUGGCAGUGACAUCAUGCAGAGCUACCGGCCUAGCGAUGAUGUUAGUUGCGACAAAGAGAAUGCAUUCAUGACUACAUCAAGGAUUAGUCUUCUAUUGGUAAAUCUUAGUCGACUCAUGCUAACUCCAAUAACAGCAGCAAUAGGUCGCUCUGACUUGUUUUCAUGA